ACUUUUGUUUUAUUAGUCAUGUAAACAAUUAUUGGUGUCACAAAUGUCACAAUUAAAAUGGUAUAUAAAAUUCUAAAACGGUAAUGUAAGUUAGAAGUCUUUGUAUUCAUCUAUGGGAAUGAAUUUAAAUGCCCACUAGCAGCUCUGUUGCUACAAUUGACAAGAAGAAAGUUAUAAAAACAGUCAAUCAGAAACGCAUUGAACAAAAUGAUGUGGGCAAGGAGCAAAAAUGUGUAGAAACGGAGAAGAACCUCCUAAAAAUAGGUCCCGCACUACCAACAAAAGAUAAAAGAUGCCCAUAUGUUCGUUCGCAGAGUACUUUAAGUUCUUCCACUGUAUCUAAGCUCCAGGAUCAUGCAUAUUACCCUAUAGUCACUUUACAUCCAAACUCUGAUGGAACUGUACAAGUAUCACGUACACAAAACGAAAAAGAAAAAUUUCCAGACAGAAUUAGCUUAGAUAGAAGGGGUUUAACCAAAGUUCCAAUAAUACAAGGCGAGCCUAAACUGAGAUUAUUGUCACUGCAGCACAAUUUAGUCAAUGAUUUAGAAUUACUGGUCAACCAAAAAUUUCCUGUUUUAGUUUUUUUAGACAUAUAUGAUAAUCAGCUAGAAGAAAUAAAGUAUUUGGAUUGUAUAGAAAAUUUAAGGGUAUUGCUGAUGGGAAAAAAUCGGAUUAAAAAAAUUGAAGGAUUGGAACAUUUACAAAAAUUAGAAGUAUUAGAUCUUCAUGGCAACAUGAUCAUUCAAGUUGGUGGUUUAUCUAAUUUAUUGGAAUUGAAGGUUUUGAAUUUGGCUGGGAAUCAAAUUCGAAGUAUUGGCCAAAAGGAUUUGCAAGGGCUAGUUUCUUUGCAAGAGCUGAAUUUAAGAAGAAAUCGAUUAAAGAAAAUACUUGGCUUCCAGGACACACCAAAUUUAUCCAAACUUUUUAUUAGCAAUAAUGAUAUUCAAAGUGUUGAAUGUAUAAGUAGCAUAGUAAAAUCCCAGAACAUCAAAGAAAUAUCUGUGGACAACAAUCCAAUAUAUUUAACAGCAGAUUGUGUGUCAUUUCUCGUAUCAUAUCUUCCAAAUUUGAUGAAACUCAACUCAAUGCAGAUAACAGAACAGGUAAGGAAAGCUGCUAUGGCCUGGAGAAGAAACAAAGAAGCAAACAAUCCUGCAUUUAUGGAUUUGACUAGUGAAGCAUCAAUGACUUUUAAAAGAGAGGAAGUUAUUUCUAAUGCAAGGACUAAUUGGGAACUUUUGAGGUCUCAAACAAAGUGUCUCACAAACACUGUGAAUGCUGUAGAUAAAACACUAAAAAAUCUAAAGCCCGAUUCUGAUUUUAUUUUAACUUCAUUGUCUUCCAACAAAUCAAAUCUAAAACCAACCUCUAAUAUUGCAUCCAAAUCCAAAUCUUGUCCAAAAUUAGCAUCAAAGGUUCCUCUGUUACCCAACAAAAAGUUUAUGCUACUCAAAACUCCAUCCCAGGAGACAGAGAGUUCUCAAAACACUUCCUCAUCAAAUACAACCAACAAUGUUGUAGUUAAAUUACCUCCAAUUUUGGUUCCAAUCAUAAGUAAAUUGGAACAGAAAGACUGUAGAGAAGAAGGCAUUAAAGUGUCCAGCAGUUUAUCAAGUAUAGGACCCAAUAUUGACAGCUCCAGUUCUCUAUUCAGUGGUGGUGAUAUGGUGAGAUCCAGUUCAUCUUUAAGUAGUUCCAAGCAUUCAGAUUUAGGAUCUGAAGUGGAUGAUGUAAAAGAAUUUGGGAGUGUUGAGAAAAAUGAGUUACAAUCACCUAUAACCAGCAAUACAUAUUUGGGAAUUAACAUUGAACAUGGAAACAACAGUAGUUGUGGUGGAUCAAGUAGUAAUAAUAAUGAAGAAACUUCGAGUAAUCUCUCUGCAAUUACCAGCAAUUCCAUUCUGAGUGUACAAAGUACAUCCUCAAAUGAUAAGAGUAGCACAAAAUCUACUACUAGUGUCAGAAACAUUAAAAGCGCGGUGAAUGGGAGACCAUUGCCAAAGUCUAUUCUACCAAGAGCAUCGACCGCAAAAAUAAAAAAAACAAAUUCUCCUGGGUUGCCAAAGGAUCGGGAACAAGGAGGAGAUUAUUUGAUAGAAAUAUGUGGCAGACACUUAAAUGUGUUUGGUCAGGGAGCGCUAAGAUUUAUUGACAAACCGUGGAAUACUAUGAAAGCAAAUGACGUCACUACUGUUAAGUUUAAUUAUGUCAAUUUUAGUAGUGUAACUGGCUUCCUGAACAAAGUAAAGUUGCGUUUUCCAAAUGCGGAUCAUUUUGUAUUUAAAGAAACAAAUAUAAAUUAUCUGGGGCAAUUGAAUGCUCUAUCUGAAGUACAGGGUUUAACAGCUUUAACUAUUAGUCCAGAAGGCAACCCAAUUUGUGAGAAAGAAUGGAAGAGCUAUGCAAUAUAUAGACUCGGCCACUGGGGACUUAAAAGGAUAAAUGAUUUAGAGAUUUCUAAUGAAGAUACAAAAAAUGCAAAUGACCAGUAUCAAAGUUUGAGUGACUUGGUUUUAUGGUCUCUUCCUGAUGUUUUAUUACAACCAUUACUAACUCGAUUAAGAAUUGAUGUCCAUCAUGGUAUCACUGAUGAAAGUGCUAAAAAAUGGAUAGGAACUGCAGAUACUGAAUUGAGAAGUGUUGUAAGUAAGGAAGCCUUGCAGUGCAAAAAAGGAUCAAUUUCUCAGGAUGACAUGGUGAUGAGACAAAAGGGUAAGCAGCAUAUUUCGGCCAUGCUAGAAGAAAUGUCAAAUGCAAUGAACAAGUUAGAGAUUUUAGAUCAACAGUGGCCUUCCAUAAUGCAUGAGUUUGUUCAGAACACACUAUUGGACUACUCACAGUUAGAUAUGUAUAUGAAGCAAAAAAUUCAAGAACUGAAUAAAUGAAUACUCACUGCCUGACUAAAUUUAUCACAAACAUUUGCACCGAAUAUUAAAAUAUAUAUUACUAUAUAUUUUCUCUAAUUAUUGCUAUUGUUGAAAU